AGAGGAGGGGCGAGUGAGUGAGAGAGAGAGAGAGACAGACAGCAGUGUCCAGAUGGAGCCCUGUUUGUUUUGAAGUAGCUGACUGCUGCUGAAAGCUGGACAGUCUGCCGGCAUUAGUGUGUGUGUCUCUUCAUAGGGGGAAAGAAAUCACAACCCGGACUGUAAACCACAGUUUUCUGCUCAUGUGGACAGAUUGUAACUGUGCUGCUCACACUCUAUGCAGCUCAAGGUCAGGAAGAGCCAGCAGCAGCAGCAGCAGCGUCAGGGAAGUGUCCCAUCUGGAUCUCAGGACCUGCAGAGACUGGUGGGCGCAAGUUUUCCUGUCGCACCACAGCUCCCAGGAUUCUCGACGAAAAAAAGUCCCCAUGCAGGACAGUGAGGAGGAUGUGAGGCCUGGACUACUUUCAGUUCCUCCCACGACAGCGUCACUUCUCCCAGCCUGAACCUGUGUCAGACACCAGGAAGGGAAUGGGCCCAGCCUCACUGCAGGAGGAGAGAGAGCUGGAGAAAGAGUCCAAGGAGGAGAUGGAGAGUUAUCACUACCUUCUGCAGGCUGGCUCUCAGCUGGAGAGCACUCUGCAGCGUGAGUACACAUGAUGCUGACUGUCCUUAUUUCACUUCUGCUAGCCACUAGCAGGCUUUUGAAUAUAAUCCUCUAUCCUCUCAAAGUAUUUCCCAUCAUUUCACAUCAUUCACAGUUCAGCAGGCUGGAAAAUGAAAUGCACUGCAGCAGAAGUCCUUUCGAUUUGAUUUCGAGUCCCGGUUUUUAACUUCUGAGAGUCAAUAUAGGAUGUAACAGGAGAACUGCACACUGUAUAUUAGACAUGUCAGACUUAUUGAUGUUUCCUGCAUUUUUGGUACAACAUUAGGCCACUGCAGGGAAGGCUGUCACAGACUGAUAAAUAUUUGUGCACAGUAAUAAUUUGUAGACUAAAUAUCUCCUCACCAGUCUGGGGCUUUGCUUUCAAAUGAAUAACACUCGUUACACCAAAACAGCAUUUGAUUUUUAAUCUCUAUUUCAACAUUAAACUAAUUUGCUCCUACUACUUUACUAGAGAGAGUAAAUGUUGGAAACACAUCAAAAAUAAACCGCCGAUCGAUGGCGAGAUGUAAUGACCCACCCUGGUGUGAUUGACAGCUCCACGCAUGUGCCCUCUCCAGAGACUAAUGUGAUUACUUUAGGGUCCUGGCAGUCUUGACUUAUUGUUUAAUUGAUGAUUGCUCUGCCUCUUUACGUUCCCUGUGGGUUCUCGAACCUGGGUUAGGGUUCUCAGGGAACAAUGGGAGCAGGAAAGAAGGCCAUGAUGAGUUUCUAUUUUUACCAGGUGACAUUUUUUCUUUCUCAGUGUGAAACAUGAGCUCUGUAGUCAGGGUUUGUGCUCAUCUGCUUACAGGGGAUACAGUUAUACACACUGAUAUGUAAAACUAUAACUACAGACUGAUCAAUUCCUUUAGAUUAAGUAUUGAAGUAUCACUCUGAGUUUGUGUGAGCCACUUCUGCUUCAACACAAUACUCAUGAUGAAGGUUCUUAUGUGGUUGUAGUCCAGGUAUUCUUAAUGUCUAACCAUAUCGUGAUCAUCUGUUCAGAGUCAGUGUAAACAAGUAUUUUGCUGGCACAGUGCGCCAUGAGUAAGUAUGAUUAUCUGGAUGAUGACAGCUUUAUGGUACAUUUCACACAGUCACAAUCUCUACACAGAAAUAACAAUUACCUUUGUCGUUCCUGCUUGUCAGACAGCGCUGUAACUGAUUUGUACUCACUGACACUUCGAGUUCAACUGACCAAACGUUUUGUCCACACACCAGACCAGACCAGACCAGAAAGUGAAACUAUUUCAGUCUCUCGGACUUGAAACCCAGCUUUCUCUGUACGUGAACAGAAAUGACGCCUUAUCAGUGUUAAAAUUAAAGCUGACAUUUAAUCUGUAUGAUGCUCCUCAAGCUACACUACAAAUCUGUUCGUCUCUAUAAAAGGUUUUCUACACACUCCGGCCUAAAAUCAUCCCACUUUUCUCAUCUCCCAGUGGCUAGAACUCUCAAUUUUCCCUUUUCUAUCCAAAAGCAGCCGCCCACCAGUCUAAUCCCCUAAGCUCGGAAAGCUUUGUUUUGCCAAAUAUCCCAUGACCCAAAAGCAGUAUGAGGCUUGGCUUCUGUGUACUAUGAAAACAUUUGAAUGUGUCAGAGGGAUUUCUUGCCAUGCAGGGGAUUACUUGUGUCCGCUUCCAGGUCGCUGUAAAUUCAAACAUAAUUCAGCUUCCAUGCAGAGAAUUUAGAUCCUCUACACUGAGACCAGAUUCUGGUUCACUUAGAUUUCCAUGUGAGGAUGGUGUGGUGCUCUGGCAUUAUGUGGUAGUUUGCUAAAGAAAAUUACACAGCUGUCUUCCUGAGUCAUCCCCUUUUAAGUACCAGACACUGUAGGAGGAAGACUGACCUUAAUACUCAGGAUGAAGUCAUGCUUUGUACAGUCUGAAUGUGUCAGAAUAUAAAGUCUUAAUGUGUUCUUAUGAAAUCAAUAUGCACACCAAAUCUCCUGUGAUUCAAUGUCAUAAAACCAUAAACAAGGAAAAGUACCCAGGAGUAGACAAAUAGGUUUAUGGAGAUGGUUAUCACUGUUUGGACACCAGACAUAAGCUCCCUGCUUUCACCUUUACAUGCAGACUUAACUCACUUCUGUUCGACUGAGAGCAAAUCUCUGUUUCCAUCCAAACUGAUAAACACCUCUCUUCCUCUGUGUGCAGAGGCACAAGAGCAAACAGAGGUUAUAUGACUGCACACACUGUGCUGCAUGUCGCUGGAGAGGUCAUGAGGUAGGAUGAAAGUAGGAUGAAAGGGAACCACUUCAUAGCCUAAAGGAAGUACAUUUAAAAGGAGCGCUGGUUUUAUUUACACUUAAAUUAUCCUAUAGAGUCUGAUUGACUUUGUUUAAAAUAUAAGUGAGUUAUUUAUGCCAGUACUUCAUGUUUUUUCCCUUUGAUUGCACACUUUGAGGCAGGAGGCCACGAUAAAUAAACAUACAUCAUUUCCCCCAACAGUGACCAUAAAUGAAUAAGAUCAUGUGAAAGGCUCGUAGUCAGGCAGGGUGAAGAGAGAGUGCAGUAACUCCACAAACUGCUGGCAAGUUAAUAACAACACUGCAGUUUGCAGCAAAGGCUGUCCUUACUUUGAUUUAGUGCAGUGGAGGUCUGCAGUGCGUGUGCUCGUGUAUCCUGGUCUCUUUUUUUUAAGAACAACUUUAAUCCAUGUAGGACUGCUUGGAUUAUUUGCCAGAUUUUGUCAUUAGUGGUUUAUUUACUUAAUAUUUAAACUUCCACAUUUACAUUUAUACCAGAUAAUUGAGAGCAUGAUAUACUUGGAUGAAAAGUUACACCAAAGCACAAUGUCAACAGGAGAACUUAAUUAACCAGUCUGGAAAUCUAUUCAUUUGCGGUCUAUCACACCUUCCUGAAGAUCUUGUGGCACAGGAGGGAGAAAGGAUUAUAUAACUUUCCAGUGUGACGGUAACUCUACCCUGUAUCUGUGUAAGCUCAGUGCAGCCACUGGUCCUUCUCUGUCCUCAGCUUCGCUUCUCUCUGUUACAGACACACAUCAAAUAUUCAGCAGGUACCAGUAGAGCUCAUUACUGGCUCCCGUGACAACCUAACAGACACUAUUACUGCAGUUGGCACAUGGAAAAUAACACCUCUGUCUCUCAUCCUCUCUGUUUUUACACCCUUUGUCACCAUUGGACUCUUUUCUAGUCCUAUGCCUCAAUAUAUUAUCAAUCAGAGAUAUGAAAUUGAUUAACUGUGAUCAAAUUUACUCCAUUUUCAUUGGCAAGUUUAACAACAUCCAACUUCACUUACAUGAUGUCUGAGCUUCAUUUAAAGGGACAUCACCACUGACAGCUUUCAAUACUCAAUCAAACCAAAACAUGUCUCUUUUUCUGCAUAAGGUUUAAGGUCAUCUACUAAAACGUGUGUAAAUGUUAAUGUGAGCACAUGUGAAUAUAAUGCACAGGCCAGUGAGUUUGCCCUCUACACAUCUGGUUGUAUGAAUCCCAGUCCACUGAGGAGCCAGAUGAUGUAUGAAGUGCACUGACUGCUCCAUAAGAGACUGUGUGAGCCACUUAACCAAGAGUGUUAAUGGAACUAAGCAUGAGGCACUGCGCCAUCUGCCAUCUGAGUACAGUCAAUGAGCCAAUGUGUUUUCAUGAUGUUAAUGUCUAAUUCAGAUUUAAAGGGAUAUUCCGGCGUAAAAUUAAUUUAGGGUCAAACACACCGUAACACUGAGUUAGACUCCCCCUCGACAGAUGAAUGUUGCUGACCGCUUGCUUCUCUAGUUAUACUAACUUUAGUAACGACAGCACAAUAGCGAUACAGAGUGGUCUGAGGAGCCAUAAACAAACCUCAACCAAAACGCCACUCUAUAGCCACAAAUAAUGCUCAGAACAGCACCUAACUUCAUCAACAGUAAAUAUAGGGUCCCAGCCAUAGUACUAGCCACCAAACAUCUUUUUAACUUUGCCUCAUUUCUUUAGCAAAGAGACAAAACACAACUCACCUACUCUCUUCCAGCAGCCGCUUGUUUGUAGCGAGACCUCAGGCCAGUCCAUUAAAACUGCUGCGGGGUGACACAGCUCAAGGAAGAACAUUUAUGAUCAUUACUUUAUAAUUUUCUUUAAGUAAUAAUCACCAUAUUGAUCAUUUUGCACUGCAGACAUGAUAGUUCUUCUACCUUAGCGUCUCGGUCUGAUUGCAUUUCCAUGGACUGGCCUGAGGUCUCGCUACAAACAAGCAGCUGCUGGAAGAGAGUGAGUUUUUUUACAGUUUGUUUGACCCUAAAUUAAUUUUAUGACGUAAUAUCCCUUUAAGAUAGCAGUUAUAGCUGCAGUGCAUGCUGGGGGAUACACUGAGUACCAGUCAGGAUUUACAUAGAGGCAAAAGCCUCUAUUUUUAGACACUAGGGUGGAGUUGCUGUCUUUAAAUGUAUUUAAUGGUAAAACCAGAGUAACAAAGAGUUUAUAUAUAAGUGUCUUAGUUAAAAGUCUUAAAUAAACUCUGAGUGUUUUUCUAGUCUUGAAAAAUGGGAAACUGUAAGAUCCACAUUCCCUCAGUUAUUUGAUGUGGGCAUGUCUAACAGUGUUGUGGUCUUUUUGUUUUGGUAUGGUUAGCUUUAGACUGAUUCCCACCUUUGAAGAUUUACACAUUUGACAAUGAUCUUAAAGUUUUCAUAACGUCUAUAUCUUUUUUUAGAGGUGACAGUCCCAGUGAGCAUGAAGGAGGUGGGGGGCUACAUACAGAAACAGGUGGCGUAUCUGUCAGGUGAGACCUUUUUUGUGGACAUAGACUACAUACCAUCCUUUAUCCAUCACAUUUUAUUUCAUUGAAUCUCUGCUCCAUCCUCAGCAGUUUCCAAAAGCUCCCUCAAAGCGUAACGAAACAUCUGAAAUGGGGUCUUUUGAAAAGAUACUAACCGCUCAUAUCUCUCUUUUUUAGGGGGCCGUGGGGAAGACUCCAGUGUCAUCAUCACCCUCCCAGAAUGCUCUGCUUUCAGCGACAUCCCAGAGGAAGCUCUAACCAAAGUCUUUACAUACCUCACUCUCAUCCCUCGGUGCGUCCUCUUUUGGUCUACUCCUUCCUGACUCUCUCUCUCUCCCUUUCUGCAGUGCACCAAAAACCAAGUACUUGUAUUCUGAGCACAGCUGGCCUUCACUGCCCCUCAGCUCGCUGUCAGAUGUCCUACUGAUGCCCUCUAUGUCCGAACCCUACUCUCCUCAGGGACUGUAAAUGUUUAUUUAGGGCUUUUGCCUCAUUUCACUGAGUUUUAGAUGAAGAGGGUAUCACUGAUGCUGUUGUUAUGUACUAGCAUGUGUACAAAGCUAGGCGUGAUCUGAAUAAUCCACCUGCUUUUCUUGAGUGAUAGCUUUACAUCACAUGACGGUAGAGCGUGACCAUACACGUUUAUCAAACUGUCUACUUUUUCUUGCAGAGCGAGGCAACCAGGAGUCAAAUUCAUCAUCAUAUUAGACCGAAGAUUGGAUACAUGGGCCUCAAUCAAAACUGCUCUUGCCAGGAUAGCAGUGAGUUUCAUAUUUCACUGUCAUGAUCAAUAUGACCAUGUCCAGUCAAUAACCCUGCCAGACAGAUCAGUCAUCAUGCAUAUGGCAGAGAUUCAUGAUUGCCUGUGAGCUGCUGUAUAUGCGUACAGGAUAUACAGUACUGUUUUAUUUAUGAGCUGCUGUCCAUGGUACUGAAAACCUGAGAAACACCUCCAAGGUUACUAAUAUGAUCAAACUGGUAUGUCAGUGUGAUUCAAAAAGGGUUUCCUUCCCAUGUCUGUAAACAUGUGAUGAGGAGAGUAGCAUGAACAUCCUGUCCGUACUGAAUGUCCCAUCGCAUAUUACAUAGACUCCUGCUGCAAAAGCGUGAGUAAGCAAAAAGUGUGUGAUGACGCGGGGCGGUGAAGGGAGGACAGGAUGAGGAGGGAGGGAAACAUUGCAGUCAGCGCUGCCAUCCUCCGUCUGAGAGGCAGCAGCAGCAGCGCUGCGGCUGUGGUCAGGCGGCUGGAGGGAGCUGCUGCAUACCUUCAAGCCUGGCAGCUAUUUGUACUGAACCGGCGGGAAUUUACGUUAUACCGAGAUGGCUUCCAACACCAUGACGGACUGCUUUUACCGGCGGGGAAUCCCGAAGAUCCGCCGGAGCCCGGUAAAGAGCUGCGGGGUAGUUUUUUGACCGUGUGAAGAGUUUAGGGGAAGUUUUUUUGGGCGGGCAGGGUGAAUGCGGCAGUGGGCACAGGCACAGGCGCGGGUGCAGCACUGCGGUGCAGCGCGCGCUUCUGCUUUAUCAUGCAAUUGGCUGUGAAUGAAAUCUAAUCAGGCUUAUGUUGAUGCUGGAAUCUGAGGCUUGAGGUAUUGACCACCGUGCUCGAGACAGGACAAAUGAAUGUCAGGAGGUGCGUCACUUGCAAAUGCAUGAUAAUGAGAUGGUCAGGAGGAAACGUUGAUGCAAUACAUUUUUGUCCAAAUGUGCAAGACCUUAUCCUAAAAUAUGAGUAUAUUAACUUUCAGGGUUAUGUGGCUUAAGCUCCUCAUUAUACUGCACAGUAUGGGCAUGACUGCACAAGCUGUGGCCUCACAUGAUCUGAAGAUGAAAUGCAGUUUAUGACAGAAGUGUGGAGACUGAAUAGCCAAGUGAAUCCAUUAGACUGAGAGUCAUUGCAAGGGUGACAUGAAGCCUCAUAUGUCAAAUGUGGGGAUUUGGUUAUUUUUCUAGCUCAUAUUUCUCUUUAGGGUGGCACAGUGGUGUAGUGGUUAACACUGUCGCCUCACAGCAAGAAGGUCCUGGGUUUGAAUCCGGGUCAGGGUGUUUCUGUGUGGAGUUUGCAUGUUCUCCCUGUGUCUGCGUGGGUUCAUCACAAACACAUGCAGAAGUGGGGUUAGGUUAACUGGCCACUUUCAAACUGCCUAUAGGUGUGAAUGUGAGCGUGGAGGGUUGUUCAUCUCUAUAUGUCAGCCCUGCCAUGAACUGGCGACUUGUCCCCUGACCUUCACCCGAAGAUGCUAGGAUAGGCUUCAGUCCCCACAAGACCCCCAACGGGUAGAAAAUGGAUGGAUCUCUCUCCCUGUGCCAGUCUGCAUAGAGGAGUUAUUUUUAUGUGGGAAAAUGCUGAUGUUAGAAAAAGCCACCUUGCAAAUUCUAAGUUUUCUGCAGAAUCCCUCAUAUCCAGUUUCAUCAAUGUGAACCUCCCUUUUUUCCCCUUUCAAGGCUUCUUUUCCAGGGAACCUCCACCUGGUAUUGGUUCUCCGGCCCACCAGCUUCUUCCACCGCACUGUCACAGACAUUGGUUUCCGCUUCAGCCAAGAGGACUUCAUGCUCAAGAUGCCAGUAAGGCAGCUCCUCCUCAGUUACCAAAUAUGUCCUACUUCACUACAAGGUACAAAUUGUUCUUGCUGCAACCCUGAUCUCCACACGUGUGAUACACUCAGCCGAAACGAAUGAUGACACUAAAAUCUUACUCUAACGGGCCAUCCAAGGUUGUUUUGAAAUUAUUCAUGGAGUAUCAGUUGUAUAACUGAUGACUGACAUGCCAUCUUUAGUGGUUGUUACCGUUCUGAGCAACUGUUUGCUCAUGUAAACAGCUUGUUUGACCCUUUAAGGCGGCAGUAGCUCAGGAGGCAGAGCGGCCGUCCAAUAACUGGAAGGUUGUCAGUUCGAUUCCCCCCUAUCCCGAGUCUGUCCAUUGUGUCCUUGGGCAAGACACUUAACCCACCUUUCUCCCAGUGUGUGUCCUCCACUGGUGUAUGAUUGUAAGUGUUGUGUGGUGGUCGGAGAGGCCGUAGGUGCAAACUUGCAGUCACAUUUCCGUCAGUUUGCCCCAGAGCAGCUGUGACUGCUAAGGUAGUUUAUCACGCACCAAGGUGUGACUGCGUAAGCAAAUGAAUGAAAUAUCCAAUCUAAAGCGCUUUGAGGGUCUCUGGUAAAGUGCUAUAUGAAAUCUUAUGCAUUAUUAUUAUUUGUCAAAUGUAACAGUGGUAUCAAAACAAAAAUUCCCCCCCAAAUUAAAGUCAUGCAGUUAAAAAAAUAUCAGGUUUUCAUUCACGUGAGAAUAGGGAACAAUAAAACAGACUGCCAUCAUGAUUUAUCUAAUCAAGUGUUCUUUGUGAGGUCUCAGGUUUUGUCUGCACUUCUAGGUGGUGAUGCUGAGCUCUGUCACAGACCUGCUGCGCUACAUCGAUGAGAAUCAACUAACUUCAGAGUUUGGAGGAACUUUGGACUAUUGUCAUAGUGACUGGAUUGUUUUAAGAACGGUACGCUCAAAUCAAUCAAAACAGCACACAAACAUUCAUAUCAUCAUCCUACCAGCAUGUGCCAGUGUUGUUUUCUGUUACCUUGACUUUACUGCUAUCAUUGGCUAAAUAGUUUCAUAAAGCUUUUACUGGAAAUUCUGUGUUAGCAUGAAAACACAUGCCAAGAAAGUACAUCUAUGUACUUUAUACCACUGAGCAUUUUUUGGUCUAAAGGAGGUCUAAUAGAUGUCUAAAUGUAGUCUAGACGACUGGUCUAAAAUCAGACUACCAUAGGUCUAAAAAUGAAAGUUUUUUAGACAUCUAAAUUUAGACCAAGUUCAGACCAAGUCUAAAUCUGGGCUAUAUCUAUACUACACUGUACAUUGCUCAACAGCUAUCAUAAUUAUUUUGGUUAAGUACUCGGAGAUCAGUUAUGCAACUCACAGUUGCUUUUUGAAAUAAAUAGUUAUCCAAAAAUGGGUUAAAGUGCAACGUCUAAAUUCCAUCUGAAAAUAUACAGAAUUUAGACAGUUGAAAUUAGGUCUAAAAAAAAACUACAUGUCUAAUAGCCAUCUAUUGCUCAGUGGGAUAAACCCUAUCUUCUUUUACAAAUAGGUUUAAGUACCAAAUUGCUUUCAGAUAACCUCCAAGGAUUCAGUGUCCUGCUGAUAAUGUGCCUCUGAUUUUGUACUUGCACCUUAUUUCUUGUGUCCUUUUCCUCCACUACAGGCUAUUGAAAGUUUUGCUGUUACAGUCAAAGACAUCGCACAGAUGCUUCAGGGCUUUGGGUCUGAGCUCGCAGAAACAGAGCUGCCUGAUGAGGGGCAAGCCAUUGAGUUUCUCCUGGAGUCUCACACUGACAAGUACAAAAAACUCAAAGUAAGAUUUCUAAUGUUUGAGAUGCUGUUACCAAUUCUAAGCAUUAAUCUUGUCUCAUCGUGGACAAAAAAAGUAGGAUUUCAUGAAGCACUUUUUGAAGGCUGUGCAUCCUUGAUGUGAAUUGCCCUCUACUGGCAGGAUGCAAUCAGGUCCGUGUCAAAGGAGGGUCGUCAUCUUCUCUUAAGCUUAGAGACGUCUGCGAAGGACGAUGACUCUCAGUGGGAUGUGAAGCUGGACUGGGAGACAGUGCAGAGGUGAGACAUCUUUAAGCAGCUUUUUGUUCUUUGUAAUACCUUAUCACUUCCUAAAUUAAAAAAAGCCUGUUGGUAGAAUUUCUCAUUUCUUAAAAGGGCUGCUGAGCUUUUUACGUCACAAGUGAGGCAUAGUCUCUUCUGUUUUUAGGCUUCUUGCACAGCUCAGAGAUAUGGAGUCAGCCUUUGAUGGCUUCUUUGAGAAGCAUCAUCUAAAACUUCAUCAGUACCUGCAGCUGCUCAGAUAUGAGCAAAGUUUUCAGGAGGUAAGGGUUCCAUAUAUUUAAAAUAUAUUUACAGUAUGGUUUUUGGGUUACAUACAGUGCCCAGCAUAGGUCAGUACACGCCCGAUUAAAAGUAAUGUAUUACUCAAUAUCUAGACGAGCAAAAGUACAAUUUCCAAAGUUUUGACAAAGCUGAGUUUAACAUAACAUUUUAUUAACCAUAAGACAAAAAUAAGGGCGAUAUGGUAACUAAAAUGUAGCUUUGCUCCCAGAACUUUGAUUGGGGUGUUCUCUUUUUUGCAUCCUGAUUUUAAAUUGAAAAAAAAACUUUUUUGUAUGCCACUUAAAAAAAUCUUGUUUGCAAGCAAUGGCCUACAUUUGGAGGAGUAUUUUGUUGUAUGGUCUGACAUAGAAAAUGUUGAUUUUGAAACUUAAGUUUUUCUGACAACUCUGAAGGGGUGUACUCAUUUAUGCUGAGCACUGUAUGUUUCUCAUACUCCCUAAAGGGUAAAAUCUGUCAGUUUUGGUAACGUUCAGCUCAGUUUAAAAUGUGGGCUGUAGUAACUUGGGGAGUAAGUGGGUUGUCUUAUUAUCACCUGUAUAGAUCGAGUUAUUGUAUGCUUUAUUUUUAGAUGGAGUUGUGUCUGGAGCAUCUGAUGUCUCAGGAGAGGGAGCUGUCCGUAUCUGCAGACACUCUGGUCCAAACAGAGCAAAGUCUCAAAAGGCUGGGCGGUCUGGAAUCACAUGCACAAGUCAGUGUUUCUCAGUCUGGCUGCCUCUAUCUGUAUGAACAGCCUUAGUUUCUCCUUGAGGACUGAAAGGACCCAGUGAUCAUACAGUGUUUAAAUUGGUCUCCUUCCUUUGUUUCCUUGAUAGGAGGUGAUGGCAAGGGCUCAGAUCAUCAUCCUUCAUGGACACCAGCUAUCAGCCGGUCAUCAUUACGCCAUGGCUCUAAUCAUGCAGCGCUGCAACGAGCUUCGCCACUACUGUGAUACACUUAAUGCUGCUCUGAAGACCAAACACGCAAGUCUUCAGCUAAAACACCAGCUGCUGCUUUGCCUGGGACAGGUGUUUAAACUAAUGCAUCUACACACACACAAACACAUGCGAUAACGUAUAUGCCAGACCUCCUUUAUCAUGACACAUGUGUGUACUCACGCUCAGGCCCAAACUUGGUGUGAUGAUGGCGCGUACAUGCUGGCCAGUCAGCUGGUUGAUAAGUUCCAGUCUAAAGAGGGUGCCCAGGCGGCUCUGAAGGAAAUCGAGAGAUUCCUGGAGGAGGCGCCAUCUAUGCUGAGCUCAGGACCCGACAUCCUGGCCAUUGAAUAUGAGGCGGCUAUCACACCUCGGCUGCAGGUCAGUGACUACAACACAAAUGUCUUUUAAACGGGCUGAGGUGGACUGUACAGCCUCCCUCCAGCACUGACAGCUUUCUCGCCCUGGCUCUGUGUUCCCUAUGGUCUCUCUCUUACGUCUCUGCACUGAAACCUUCUCUGCUCUCUCUCUUAUUCCUUUUUCUCCAAGUUGUUAAAAUUCACAGACAUUGUGGAAUAUCAAACAGCUCAAAUCAUUUUUAAAGCUAAAAAUAAUCAUCUACCAAUAAAUAUACAGAAUUUUUUCAGUAUGUGUGAGAGACGUUAUAAUUUAAGAGGAAAAAUUAACUUGAAUCUAACUUUGAUUCAGACAAAGAGGAAAGGUUUUUGUGUUUCAGUGAGUGGGGUCGGACUAUGGAACAGGUUUUCCAUGGAGUUAAAGCGAUGUUCAAACAUGACACAGUUUAAAAUGAGGUAUAAAGACACUAAUUUAAGAGGUACAGGGAUGAGGAAGGUGUUGGGUAGCACUAAGUGUUUUGAGGUUGUUGUUUCUUUUGAUUUGUUUUUGUUUUUUUAUUUUUUUUAUUUCUUGUUUUAUUUUGUUGUGUUGUUUUUAUGUGCUGUAUUAAGUGGAUGUAGAUUUUGUUUUGUAAUACAAAGUCAUGAACGUACUUUAUUUAUCUAUAAUUAUCAGGUACAUCUAAACAAGUUGCAAGGAAGCUUGGUGUGGGUACUUAUUAUUCAAAGAGAAGGGGUGGGAGUUCAUAAGUUAUUCUUCUUCUCACUCCUUUUCGAAUAUGUAUUUCUAUGUUUUAUGUUUAAGUGUUUUGCCUCACUUUUCUUGUUUUUAUUUUUGGUUUGCAUAUUGGAAAUAGUAAACUCGAAAUAAUAAACUCCUGAAAAUGGGGAUUAAGGGAAAGUAAAACAUGCUGCCUAACCCAGCAGGGGUGGGCUGUCUUUUCUAAGGACAAUUCAGGAAGUCCCAGUGUUCUAGUCCUUUGACAUAAAUUAGCCUGUUCAUAAAUUUGUUGAUUUAAAGUAUCAUGUCUUUUAGGUCUUAUCUCAAUCUUAUUUUUUCCUCUUUAAAAUCAAAGUUGAUAAUCCUUUCCCUGUGUCCUCCUCUCUCUUUGUUUUAGGCUCAGAUUGGGGAAACAUUUGAGAAGCAUGCAGCAGUGCAGCAGAUGAUCCAGAACCGACAGGCUUCUCUAAGAAAGCUGGCUGACAAACAUGUGCGACCGGUCCAACUGGUGGCCCCCAGGCCAGAAAACCCACCGCGUGCCAAGUCCCCACUCUUCUCCCCUAAACAUGGUGCAGUACACACAAAGAGACACACAUACAGAAUGCAUUAUUAUUUUUCCUCAAAAGACAGAAUCAUUUCUGAAACUGAUGUUAUUUCUGUUUUUUUAUUAUAAACAUCUCCUUUCAGUUAGAUGCCCCAGUUUGCAGCAUAUAGAGUUGUAUUUCUCCAACUCCCUAACCACCCUCCUGUUUCUCAUGCCCAGUAUGGGGUCUUGUUCAGCCCUUAUGGCCUGGCGCUAUUCCCUCUCCCCAUUGCAUCUUUCCUCAGGGCACUGUGGUUGCAUUUACACAUCACAGGGUCCCACUGAGAAGGCCUAAGGUUUUCCUGAAUGAGAUGUGGGGUUAGCAGGCCACCUUUACAAACUAGCUGAAAUGAGGGUAGGAGGUAUAAUCAGUCCACAGGGAGAUACCUGACUGCUCUAUUAGUCAGGGUAGCUGCUAUAGAAGCAUAUGUGGUUCAUAUAGUGUACAUUAAAGAACCUUUCAUCCCCCCUCUGUGUCCCGUGGGAAGACUACACAACAGAUAACACAUACAGUGGUACCCAAUUAAUACUGUAUGUGUUAUCUGUUGUGUUUUUAUUUUAAUGUAUGUUUUGUGAAACUCAAUUUGUCUCGAUCAUUGAGCAUGCGACAGGAGACGGAUAUUUUUAUUCUCACUCAAUUCAUGUCUUAAAGGUUUCAUCCUCUAUGUUGCGUUCAUUAGCCGCACUAAUGAAAGUAACAACAAGAAAGAGAAUGAAAGUGAUUAUGAACCCCUUUGAGGCCCUCAUUGAUACCACCCUUUAAAAGAGAAGAUGAAGGAAAAAGUUGUUAGCUUUGAUUCAUUUCAUCUGGUAGAUGUAUACUCACACAUACAUACAUGCGCACCACUGAUGAAUCCAUCAUGGCAUAUGCGCGGGCAUAAGACUCGGUGUGGGUUGGACUAUCAUGUAAGGCUUCAGCUGCUGGGAUCAAAAGGACACUGACAGUCGUGCCAAACACUGCUUCAGAUCUGCUCAUACUGAUCCCAGGCUGCACCUUUACAGCAGCAGCAACCUAUCAUCAUUGAUUACCUUUAAUGUCAGUCAAAGCUGAUUGAUGUUUUUCAAGGAAUAAAAAGGUCACGGACGGAGCGAGCGAAUCCCUUUGAGGCCGUAAAGUUACACCGUUGAGAUCACAAUCAUAAAAAGUGAUUAUUUUUGACUGAAUGUGGGCGCUUAAAUGAGACAUCUCCUGGGUAUUCAUCAUCGGACCAAAUGGAAAUAUGCUGUAUGUUAACUACACUUUUAUACUUGAAAGAGACACUUCUGCAGUUACUCAUGAUCUCACCUUUUCAGGAGAUGGUUUGAAGUUCACAUUCGACAUUUCUCUGCCUGGGAAGAGAGCAUCCAGAAAGAGCCCUAACCCCAGAAAGGUAUGGAAAAAAGACUUUCUUUGAACAUAGUCACUGAUUCCCUGUCAUCAUUAAAGCGUUAUACGAUUCUUCCUGCUUGGCCCGGUCAUCUGGUUAUGUUUGAAAUACUCCAAAAAGCACUAUUUGAUUAAAAUGUUCUCUAUUUAAAUCGCCAUGAGUUAAUUUUUGUUUCUGUUUACUGUGUCUUCUGUGGGUUCAGAUUGAGGUGAUACAUGACUACCAGGAGAGCCGGAGCUGCGUGUCGUACAGUCUUGAGGGUGAGGACAGCCCGGAUAUCUUGAAACGGUGAGGAGGAGGAGGAGGCAUCUGUCUGUGCUCAGUGCUGUUUACUCUAUGAUUCUCUUUGUUCAGUGCUAACGAUGCCCUCUGGCUCUCACUCUGUCUCCUUCUGUCUGUAUUGGUGUCACAGUCAUGUGAUGAGGGAGCUCAUAGAGACGGAGAGAAUCUAUGUGGAGGAGCUGCUGUCAGUUCUGCUGGUAGGAAAAUAAAAUGUGUUAAUCUUUCAUUUUUACCAAGACACAAACACCUUUCUUAGUUAUUUUCACACAGUGGGAAGCUAAACUCUAAUAUUAUGUCAUUCCGCUGUGUUCAAGGGUUUUAGUUGUAUAGGUAAGUGAUAGUGAGCAGGCUGUUAAAGCAGAGGAUCUCCUUCAGGGUCAGACCGUCCUCAAUCAUCGCCUGACAACAAGAGGCGCCUGUUAAUAGAGAUGAGGAUGAGACAACACCCCGCUGCUGAACUUCGGGGUCCUGCUCACCUUGUCAGGGCUCUAAUUCACUAUAACAACCUGCUCACUAUACAUGAUCAUGCUUAUUACAUGGCUGCUCACAUAAUGAAUCAUUCUGCAGCUAUGCGAUAAAUGUGAGGUUUCUGACGGUCAUCACCCACCCUGCUUUCAAAUUGAUUAUGAAAAAAAUACCAGUUUAAAUAACAUGACAACCCAUUAAUGUCAGCUAGAUAGUACAACUGUUUGCCUUAAAAUCCUAAUUAAUGAAGGUAAACUUAAUACAAACGACCUGCUGGCCCACAUUAGUGUAAAGAUUAUAAUGCUGCCUAAGAACAAACUGAAAGCCAACAUCACCAUUAAGUAGUUUUACACAACACAUAAAAGCAAUUUCCUUGCUAACAUGAUGUUAUCUUGGUUCAUUUAUCAAGCUAGUCUAAUUUUAGCUAUCACAAAAUAUGCAAGAGAGAAGCUGAAAACCAUUUGGUACUUUGUGAUUCCCUUGCAAACUUGAAAUAAGCAAACAGAAUAAUCCUAGUGUUGUCUUGAUGGUUCUUCAAUGCUACAAAAUCAGUUUAUUAGGUUGUGAAACAGCUGUUUUAUUUUGAAAUAGAUCAGAUUUUCCCCCAGACGUUUAUUGCCAACUGUUUUCUCAACAGCUGCUCAUCGAUUGAAAAGUGGAAAAUUAUUUUUGUCUGAAAGCAGAAGUCUUUAGUAAGCAUAUUUGACCUUCCCACCAUCGGCGAAACAUUAGAGGGUAGUUUUUCUUAUUUUCUCAUUCAUUGUUCAUUUUGAUCCUGUGAACAGAAAAACAGAGAUGCCACCUGUUGCUCUAAGAGACCCUCAGGACAAAGACACCCUCUGGUCUUGAUUUGUACACUUUUUUAUAUGAGUCUGUUGAAACACCAUGUUUGCGCACUGUAACAUUUUGGCUGAUUUAUCUAGGUCAUGUUGUUCAUGCACAAAAAAACAGAACAUACUUCCCUGAUUGUAAUGCAUUUAUUAAAUAUUACAGGGCUACAGGGCUGAGAUGGACAACCCGGCUCUGUCAGGGCUUUUACCGCCGAUCCUGCGCAGCAAGAGAGAUAUCCUGUUUGGAAACAUGCCUGAGAUUUACAACUUCCACAGCAGGCAAGUGAUGCAUGACUCACGUCACACACUGACCUGUUUGUUAUGCCAAGACAAGCAUAUUUGUGAUUUGUCACCAGGAGGAAAAUAUAGUCUUCAUGUCUGCUGACUGUGUUUAGGAGAUAAACCCUUUUAGAGUUGGACAGACUAAAGGAGUCAGUAUUACUUUUGAGGUGACGGCAGCUGAAAAUCUCUCAACAGUGUGACAUCUAAGCUAACAGUUAGUGGAAGAAAGUCUUUAUUAAGGCAUGGAAGGCUAGUUAAAUAUAAGUGUGAGUGAAAGAAUUACAACUGAAGUAUUACAGAGUAUAUUUUAUCUCUUUCUGCAGACUGAAUGGAUGGAGUUUGGAGGCUUACUCAAGAGUCAAAUUAAUGGUAGAAAGCCAAGAAUGUGCUUUAUAAAAUACUCUAUGAAUCUGUUUGGCGAAUCAAAUAAUUUAAUCUAUAAUUUAGUGGAACUGGAGGAAUUCAAACAAGGCCUGCCGGGCUAAAAAUGACUUCAGAUGUUCGUUUUUUAAAAUAAAUUUAAAACCUCAACUAUCGAACUUGCAGCUCUCCAAAAACAGCAUGUAUCAACUAACAGGUUUGAAUGCAAUGACCGUCUCUCUUCAGCUUUUGGGAUCAAACUUUUUGUCUUUUAACUUUUUGGUUAUCCAGGGUUUUCCUUCAGGACCUGGAAGGAUGUCUGGAGACUCCUGAAAGCGUGGGAGCUUGUUUUCUGCAGCGGGUGAGAUGAUAUAAAUGUUUAUGUUGUGCCGGUGCAGCUUUCAGUUUGGACAUUUGUGCAUAAUAUGAUUCAAAAUUUACAAACAGAUUUUUUUCUUUGCCGUCUCCUUUAGAAAGAGAGUUUCCAGAUGUAUGAGGGCUACUGUCAGAAUAAACCUCGCUCUGACGCGCUGUGGAGACAGUUUUCAGACUGUGCCUUCUUUCAGGUCAGAAAAUCCAACAUUCAUCUUUUUGUCACGUUAAUUUGCUGUUUUAAUGUAGAAAGAUUAACAGGAAACUUUUUAGAAGUACUUGUAUGAAGUUCUGAGUCCGGACUACUGCUCAUUCAGUGUUUUAGUCAGAGUUAAAAAAAAGCAGUGAUAUAGUAUUAAUAAAUACAAUAUUUCCUCUGUUUUGAUUUGACUUUUUGAAGGAGUGUCAGAAGAAGCUGGAGCACAAACUGGGCCUGGAUUCCUACCUGUUGAAACCCGUCCAACGCCUCACUAAAUACCAGCUGCUGCUUAAGGUUAGACACAAAUACGUAGACUCAAUCCCUUUCUACUUUAUAUUUUUUUGAUAAUCCUUACAGUGAAAUCCCAGAGAGGAGUAGCUUUGAUAGCGAAAACUCAGAGAACCAUUUCUAAAAAGGAAUAAAUCUGAAACAAAGAAUUUCCACAUUUGGUCACCACCAAAUUCAAGAAAUAAUGUCUAAAUUCAGGUGUAUUCCUAUACAUAUAUGUUGUUUAAAAAUAGGCAUCCCUGUAUUUAAUAGCUUACUUAAUACAUUUGUAGUCAGACCAAUGGAUAACAUUUAAUUGUUCAAAUUCAAAUUGUUCAAAACAAAUCUUUUGAUAUAAACUUUCAUCUAAAGUGCAUUGACACAUAUUUACCACUAGAGAGCACUGUUCAUGCAACUUCAUAUGUUUUUUUAACCUGGAUUUGUUAGUGCAUGCAUUUUCUUACAGUCUUUUUCCUUCAAUGUAUAUAAACUCAGGAACUACUGAAAUACAGCUCAGACUGUGAGGGGACUUCUGAGCUGCAGGGGGCGCUGACAGCGAUGUUGGACCUCCUCAAAUCAGUGAAUGACUCCAUGCAUCAGAUCGCCAUCACGGGAUAUGAGGUGAAACAAAACUACUCUGAUGUUAAAGGAGGCCUGUUUUCCUUAUUUCCUCCUUCAGUUCAGUUUGUCUAGGACAGACGUAGAUGAUCUGCUGCUAAAAAGAACGACUUAUUCAUCUUAUACUGGCGUCCAUUGACAUCUUUAUUUUAACACUUUUUAGUAUCUGCCUGAAAUGCUGCCUGAAGAGCGCUUGUUUUAACACAGUUUUGUGAAUUUUAUUUGACAUAUACCUAAUAAUGAAUAAAUUCAGGUCAUAAUUCCUCUCUUUAUUGUCCGCAGGGUGACAUUUGUGAGCUGGGCCGUGUGUUGAUGCAGGGCUCCUUCAGCGUGUGGAUCAGCCACAAGAAAGGUCCCACAAGAAUGAAGGAGCUGACUCGCUUCAAGCCGAUGCAGAGACAUCUCUUCCUGUAUGAGAGAGCGCUGCUUCUCUGCAAGCGGAGAGAGGAGCACGGAGACGGCUGUGACAAGACCCCCUCCUACAGCUUCAAAAACUGUCUAAAGGUAAGUGUGCGUGUGUCUUUGUGAGAGUGCGUCUAGUACAGUUGCACCGAGCUUUAGGAACAACAAGACUAAUCUCAGACUCUGUCAUGCGACUAAGUGAUAUCAAUCCAUCAAUAAAAUAUAGACUUACAAAUGUAUGUGCCAUAUAUUGUCCAUACAGUAUACAAUUCUUUCCAUGUAUUAAAGGUUAUUAGUAUAUAUUUAAUAUUACCUACUUUUACCUACUUAACUGUGCAAUAUUAUCUGUGAUGUGUAAUACAGCAGUUCGUACACCAUUAUUUAUCAUGUGCAUUAUGGCAAUGCAUACCUCAUUUAUCCCACCGACUUAUCCCCCAUUUCAUACAUUCACACUCAGCACCUACUGCAUCGCUUGUGCACUUUGUAAAUAUUUCUCUUAUACUGUUAUACAUCUUUAAUAUUUUUGUAUCCCUAUUUUAUUGUAUUCCUCUCAGUACUUAUUGUGUGUUUUAUCUGUACUCCUUCGAGUCGAGCGGUCCUCUCGUCCAGAGCAUUUCAUUGCAUUGUUGACAUUGUUUAACAUGCAUAUGACAAAUAAACAGAUCUUGAAAUUAUGUAGACAAUAGGAAAAUGCCAAUAUGGAAUUUUGACCUCUUAUAAAGUCUAAAGAAUUAACUGCAAAAUGUUAAAGAAAUGUGUUUAAAUUCGUGUACCAAUGUUAAACAGGUCAGACUUCAGUUAGUUUCCCUGCUGGCUAAAGGACGUGCUUUGCUCCUCCAUCACUUCUUUUGUUAUACGAGUUGAUGCCUGAGCUGUAACACAGCUGGUGUGUCACCUCCACUAGCUGCUGCUGCUGUUGCUCUUGAUAUAUUAUUGAGGAUGUGGGGAGGAAGCAGUCACACAGCGGAGGUGUGUGUGAGUGUGAGUGUGCGCGUGUUACUGUUUGUGUUCUAACGGGACAGAUGUGUUACAUGAUGUAAGUCUGAUGUAUGACGCGCUGCUCGUCCUAAUGCAGUGUCUGUGUGUAGGUGUAAACAGCGUAUGUCUCUUGGCAGAUGACUGCUGUGGGGAUCACAGAGAACGUCAAAGGAGAUGUGAAGAAGUUUGAGAUCUGGUACAGUGGCAGGGAGGAGGUGUAUGUGGUUCAGGUAGGAGUCUAAGUAUUUCAUGCUGUGUGAUGACGACUUGAUCCUUUAUCUGUUGAUUUUAAAAUGUCACUUUAACUAUUUCAAAUUGAAACCACCUUGUCUAAUUUCAUGCAGAUAUUUAAGAUAUAAAAAAAUGUGUAAAAAUGCAGAGAAUAUAGGAGCUUUAUAUAAACACAUAUAUCGAGCGCUGUUAUCUACCUCAAUGCCCCCUGUAAUGUUUCUGUCAUCCUACAGGCUCCUUCAGUGGAGGUGAAGAUGGCCUGGCUCAAUGAGCUCCGCAGGAUUCUGACCAAUCAGCAGAAGCUGUUAAGAGGUCUGUGAACUACCUCAGAAAAUAUAAGUGCACAGUCCCCUCACUGGAUUCAAAGCUUUGAACUUCUUCACACAACCCCCAGAGACCUGGAGAUGUGCUUCAAAGCUGUGAAACUUGUGAGCAGAGGGUCUGAGCUUUGAUUCUUGUCUCCUUACUGUAUCAACAUAUCCAAAAGAAGCUUGAAAGAUAAAGUUCAUUUUGGAUGGGCAUUGGAUGUUUUUUAAAUUUAAACACACACUUCAACCUACUCCAGUGAUACAAAUCUGAUGUGCAUUUCUGUAGUACCACAAUUCUUUGUAAAAAUCCAUCUACUCUCAUUCACAGAUGAAGCGUAUCAUGGUCAGCUGGUUGGACACAUGCAGCUUUCUCCUUCCCUCUCAGAGAGGUCAGUUCCUGUUGUUUACAGAUACAGUGUUUAUAGUGUGUAAAGUGCAUGAUGAGUUGUAGUUGCACACUUGUACAAACCACAGACUGUAUAUAGAAUGGACAGAGUCUGCCUCCUCGCUGGGUGAAGCCACUCCGAGAACAGCACCCUCUGUUGACGGGCUGCAGUAUAGGUCAUAAAUCCCGCCUCACACAGAACAUAAACUUUUUGUGCUCAAGUCCUCUUUUUUCUGUGAAGCUCGGUUUUUAAAAGUUAUUAGGGGGUUCAUGUUUUCUAUGAUUGACACUUGAUACAGCCUAUGUGCGUACGAAGAUUGUGUAGCUCUACGCUGUUUGAGCUGAGCGUCAUCACAGCGACUCUCUGCAACUCUCUCGCCGAAUGCGUACAAUGCUACUGCGCAGUGCUGGUUUCAGGAAAUGAAGAAAAAUCACGGAAUUACUGAGAGCUUUUUGGCUUCAAAUCCGUAUACAGGUGGGAGGCGGAACCAAGUUGUCCAUAGUAUAUACAGUCUAUGGUAUAAACACACGACUAAAAACACAUGCAGCUACAGCACUACUAUCUGCAUUUGCUGAGUUUUCAUAUCAAAUCACAGCUUGAGUGAAUGUGAUGAUGUCAACUCAUGUUGCUGUGGUAACAGCUUUGUGUAUAGUGUAGGGGUGUGAGAGGAUGUGUGCAGGCCCCAUUUUCUCCACUGCUGUCUAGUUGCCUAUCCCCACUCCUCCCAUCCCCCCUACCUGCAGGGGCAUGCGGCCGUCCAGAGGGGUUCCCAGGGGCUGUCUGCCGGGGCUGGACUUUGUCUCACUGUCAGCCGAUGUCUUUCUGUGCCUGCGUUCCCGGAGCCCCCGGCCCAGAAGCCCCCGGCAACGGCCCCGACCGCGCCCCCGCCACCGCCCUCAGCGCCACUGAUGCUCAGCCCUAACGCUCAGUGGUAAACUAAGCCUGGCUCACCUCGCCCUGGCAUGAUACACCCAGCCCAGCUUGGGGACUUAAAAACCUCAGGGCUGCUGUGUUUGCAUACUGAUCGUCACCUGCACAUUUUUAAAUCCUCCAUUGUGGUUCAUAACUGACCCCACACUCCCCUGCAGCAUUGAGAAACCUGUAUCACAGUGACCCCCUCAUUGGAUUUCUAACAUGGUGUCAAAAAACUCUCUUUUUUUCUGCAUCUCAGAUUUGCUAUUUUGCAUGUAAUGCAAAGGGCGAACAAAACAAACAGAUUCUGCUCUUCAUCCCAUGAAUUUUCUUAAUUUCCUCAUGACAGCUGAUUUUCUCAGAUGGGGCUCGUUUUUUGAGAUCUGCAGAAUUAAUUUCUCACAAUCUCUCCUAUGAAGCAUCUCAAAAUUGAAAGACCAAAUGUCAAAAUUUGGAUCUUGAUAAAUCGAGGCCAGAUCUACCCUGACACAUGCAAACCUUGUGUGAACAUCAGUACUUCCCACUUUGACAGAGGAGCUUGCACAUGGCUGCUCUGUGCUCUGUCUUGCUGUCUGGCUGGUCCCUGAAUAAUCAUGGCUGUGUGAGAAAUGACAGGACAGAGUUGUUCUCUGCCACUGAUCCUGGGCCGGUACAACCGCUGAAACAGAACAGAGCUGCAGAGCUGACCCUCGAUUGUGUGGUUGAGGAUAAAAUCUAUCCUGAGAGUGUCUGCUGCUCACCGAGUUCAGGGUUUGUUGAAGCUAGUGUUUUGGUUUGUUCCCCCAGCAAGCAGCAGAGGGUGUCGGUGAGCUCAGAGGACACUGAGUCGGGGAGGAGCAGUCCGGACCCCCAGCCUCACUCCCCUAAACACCAGCACAACCGAAGGAGUGAGUGGAUCAUGUCUACACACAUUCAUGCCCAAAAUCAAGUAGAUACUUAGUAACUAAAUCACAAAAUGAUGUUGGAAUCUACGUGAAUCAUGUUUGAUUUCCACAUUAACUCACUUCUACUGAUUGUCUUUUGCAAACUUCGACUGAUGAAGAUAUUUGAUUUUUCAUCCCUCAGCAGUUCAGGUGUACUUUGACCUGAAGAACCAGGUACAGCGAGGCAUUUUGGGGAAAAAGGUCCUCCUACUGAGAUUAGCUUUUGAUUCCACGUUCUUGUUAAUUUCCCAGUAAGUGAAAAAGAAUUGACAGUGAUUUUUAGUUACUAAGUAUCUACUGUAUCUAGUACUGGGUGCCUUUAAGUGUGUAAAGUGUAGAUAAAUGCAUUAAUAAAUACCUCAAUAAUGUGUCUGUGUGUGUGUGUUUGUGUGUUUGUGUGCCCCAGGCUGGCCCGGAGCUCCUCACUCAGUAGACAUCUGCGAGGGUCUGGAGGAGUGGUCUGGAGGUCAGGACGCCUUCCACCCAUCUGACACAGAGGAGGAGGUUUUGGUGACACUGGUGAGACAUCAUAUGGUGUAGUCCCAUUUGAAGUGAAACAGACUUUUUAGACCUGUACUUAUGGGGAUAAUUGCUGGUAUUUACAAUGAUUAUACUGCAGCACUCUGCUUUAGUCUAAACAGGUCUGUUUAGUGACCACAAAGACUGAAUUAUUGCCUCCGUAAGGUCCUUUACAUGGAGCGUCAAUGUAGCAGAUGAGCUCAGACAGUGGUUACGCUGUUACUACCUGCCACUCAAUCCACAGAGAUUCAUAAAAUCCACCUCCACUGGUAACUUGUCAUCUUAAGCUGAGUCUUUUCAGUCAAACCUGCGCUCCUUCCGUAAUAUUUGGGUUAAAAAAGUGACAAAUCUCAGUGCAUGAUUAUGAUAUACUGAGGAAGAGGAGCUGUUGAGAAGCGGUGCCGAGGAUUGUACAUAAUGCUUUACAUCCAGAGUACAGAAGUGGUCGCUUGCUUGCUGCAUCCUCUUGAUAUUACACACUAAAACACCUCCAUCAGCAUUUGACACAGGUGGCACAGAUGAAUAGGAUGCAGCUUUCUUUAGAUGACAAAAAUGGUAUUAAAACGUGAAUGCAUGUCGGGCCAAAUUUUAUGGUAUUAUGAAAGGGGAUUACAGCAAGAAUAUCUCAUUUCGGCAGUAGCUCAGGAGGUAGAGCGGUCGUCCAAUGACCGGAAGGUUGGCGUUUCGAUUCCCCCCUAAUCCAAGUCUGUCCGUUGUGUCCUUGGGCAAGACACUUAACCCACCUUGCUCCCAGUGUGUGUCCUACACUGGUGUAUGAUUGUGAGUGUUGUGUGGUGGUGGUUGGAGAGGCCGUAGGCGCAGAAUGGCAGCCACGUUUCCACCACCACCAAAGUGUGACUGUGUGAGCGAAUGAAUGAUGUAUCCAAUGUAAAGCGCUUUGAGGGUCUCUGAUAAAGCGCUAUAUGAAAAUCUGAUGCAUUAGUAUUAUUAUUAUUUCUCUCGUCUUUGUCCUGAAAUGAGUCCUUGUUUUUGUCUUAACUCAUUCAUUACUAUCAGUUCUUUUUGAGUGAGCGAUGUAUUUCGACCCCAGGUGGGUGCUGUUGUAAAAAAGUAGUCCAGUGUAUCACAGGUUUACUGUCAAAAAGAAGACUCAGCAUGUUCAAACUUAUGGAAAGUUUCUCUUUCUGCACCAUGUUGUUCAAUUCUAUUCUAAUACUUUCUUUUGAAGAAUAUCAGAAAUGGUAUUUUCGCGCUUUUGUUUGAUGUUAUUUUUGUUUUUGUCUGUUCCUAAUUCUCCUUUCUGACAUAUUCUGCCUCUAUCUCUGAAAGUUUUAUAUUCGGUCUUCAUCAUAUGAAUAAUAUUUUAAUAACUUUCCUUAUGAUGGUUUUACUUCUGUUUCAGUCUCCGGGCAGAUACAGGGCUCUGGCUGACUGUCUUCAAAAUGGACCAGACAGCAUCCCUAUUAAAUGUGGAGAUGUCGUCCAACUGCAGUGUGAGGACAACAGGGGGCGCUGGUGAGUUUGCACCCUCUGGACACACAUGAAUACAGUCUAAUGGAAAGCAAAACUAGGCUACAAAGUAAAUUUAUGAAAUUCUCUCUUCUCACUCUUUCAUCCGUCUUUUUUGACUCGUUGAUCCUGCAGGUUUGUGAAAAAUUUGAGCCGGCGUCAGGAGGGCUUCAUCGGCGCUGCGGGCCUGCAUCAGAUUCUAGCAGACAGCAGUCGAGGACACAACUCUAGACUCGGGGGUAGGUAAAAGAGAUAUGCUCUAAAAUGACAGUGUGUUACUGAGCAUUUCUAUUUCUUUACUUUGAUUUUGUUUUCUAAUUCUCAAUAUGCUUUCUAGAUCCAGGGACUCGAAAGGCGAGGAAGCUCAGCUCCCCGUGAAGAAGGAAGCCGAGGAUAAAAUCAGAUAUUUACCUGUGGACAGUGACCUGACUGAAGGGUAAAUUGAGCCAUAGUUGUCCAACCUCAUUCUGUCUGCUCUUUUCAGCACAUUUAAUCAAUGGAGAAAGAACACGGGGAUGUACAGACCUGACUUUCCUCCUUCAGGUUUUUUGUCAAUCAUCUGGGCCAGUGUCACCUGAGAACAAAUAUGCGCUGUGACUGUGGCACCGAAAAAACACAGGAACGGUUCAGACAAUCAACUGUUGAUCCCUGGAUCCUGAUAAGUCUUCCUCUUUUUUGAGUGGUGAUGAGUAAUUCGUCCUGGCACGCCACCUGCAACACCAACACAUUAUCAGACGGUGAGGUCUGUGCUGCAGCAGCAGGUCCUCUCACAGACUGUGGACAUUUUUCAACCCUGUCUCAAUCCAGCUACAUGAUAAUCUCUUCUUCCAGUGUGUGUUCCUGUUUGCGUCAGUGUGUGCAGUAACCCAGGGUUCACCUGAAAGAUUUCGUAAAGCCCAGAUUUUUGUACAUUUGUCAUUUUUAACAUUAAGUGUACCUCAGUGUUUCAUCUUUGUGUAACUUGUUGACAUUUCCAUUCCAGGAAAUCAUGAUAUUUUUUCCUGAAUGUCAUACCUUGGGCACCUUUUCUUCUGUAGACAAUGUAGGAGUUACAAUGCCAAAAUGUGCCAUACCAUAAUGCCUUUUUAAUUCCUGCUCUUUCGGAGUCUGUUUGCAAAAUCAAAUAUCUUUUAUUGCUUCGACGUGACCUCACAAAUAUCAAACUGGCACUUUAUGGAGGUGGACAGACAAUAGAGGCAAAAAAAUCCACCUAUUGUGUAUUGAAUGUGUGCUCUGCUUGUAGCUUUACCUCUCUAAAUGAGUAUUGUCCUUGUUCAUGCUGUUUUUCCUUUGUUUAUUGAUUUGAUGAUGUGUUCGGGAGUCAGGGGAGACAUAACCCCCUGCAUGCAGAGACAGCAGUUGUCAUGUCACUGAUGCUAAUGUCAGAUACCAGCGGACAUGAUGAAGAUUGAUGGCAGUGAAUUCCUCUGUGUGCGCUGUAGCAAGAAUGUUUGGCUCUUACCUCUAAGCACCAAAAAUUCUCAUCCUCCUCUGGAGGUUUGGGGAGCCCACUGUCAGAUUCAGGAAAGGGAGCGCUAAAGAAAAUAGAGAGAUUGUGCUGCUUGUUCCCUCCUUUGGUAAGGCAGAUUGUUUCCUCAUCACCAUUACAGCUCAGUUAAUCUUGGGCUCCCCAUUAAAAGGGAUCAUACAGCUAACAUGAAAUAUAGCUUAUAGAGUUGAACGCUUAAUUAAAUAUUGAUUGCAGACUUAUAUGAAUUUACCACAUCAAAUCUAGGCCUCAGUCGGAGGGCUGCCUUUGAUACGCUGUGUUUGAUAUGGAAAUGAGUUUAGAAAGCAGCAGGGGCUGCUGUGCACUACACAUUUCCUAUGUUGUUAAUUUAUUUAUUUUGCUGUCAUGUUGUUCCUUCAUAUUGUGAGGUAUCUGUGCAGCCCCCAAAGACAUUACAUCUGCAUAUAUUUACAGGAGUGAGGUUUCACUGCAUAUCAAAAUCUCUUUUUUUUCCUAUUGACUUACUAUGACAAAAUCAGAUGUUUCCUUUGUGAUUUUAAUCCAAAAUGCUGCACAUUUUUGCACAGUUUUUCCACAGUGGAAAACAAAAAGAAGGCUUGAAUAUCAUGGAUCCUGAUGAGCCAAGUAGCCUAUGCUUGUUGCUGAAGAUUUCUUUAAAAUGAAAAUGCAUGGCAACUAAACAAUUGGCAGGUUUGUAUUGAUAAACACACUAUUCUUACAGGCUUCUUCUACAGCUUGACUUUUUAAAAAUCUGAUAAAACUUCACGGCAAUAAAAGCAUAGUGUAAAUAAUUGGGAACUUAAUUUAGCACAGCUACAGAUUGGCUUUAAACUAAGAUGACUGUUUUUCAUACACUGCAAUUUAAUCUGUUGUUUUUGUCGUUGUUUUCUUGGUUCAUGGAGGCCAACUGAUGUAAUAAAAUUGAGUUUAUUUCUCCA